AUGCCGAAACGUGGAGCUGCAGCGAGUACGGAGGCCGAGGCCCAGGUGAAACGGGCGCGUGCUACGAAAGCCGAGGCAGCCGACGCCGUCACGUCGCCAGCGGCGCCGACGGGCCAAGAUCAUACGGCGCCCGAGUGGGUGCCGCGCAAUGCGCAGGUGCCCAGCGGGCCCUUGACGUUUGAGCCACCUGCCGAUGGAUGUAGACGCGUGCUGAUUUGGAACAUUACGUCGCUGAAAAGCUCCGAUAACAAAGGCCUCAUGAAGUAUCUGCAAGCGGAGAAUGCGGAUAUCGCCGUGCUGUCAGAAACCAAGGUGAAUCAGGUCCCAUCGCAUGCGGGGAUCGACGCUAUGUACAAAUACCGGUACUGGGGCAUCGGCGAGAAGAGGGGGUACGCUGGGAUCGCUCUCCUUUCGAAGCACAAGCCGCUCAAAGUCGAGCAUGGCCUGCCGGGUUUUGACGAUCCAAGUUCCAAGGCACGCCUCCUGAUGGCCGAAUUUGAGCAUACGGUGAUUGUGGGCACGUACGCGGUGAAUGCGGGCGACAAUCUCAAGACACUUCCCAACAAGAACAAAUGGAACGACGCAUUGGAAGCCUACUUGCAAUCCCUUCCGAAAGACAAGGACAUUAUUUGGUGCGGCGACUUGAACGUCGUAUGGGACGACCGUGAUCUGGCGGGCGCCUCGAAAAAAUGGAACAAGUCGGCAGGGUACACGCAGGCAGAGUGCGAUGCUCACCGCCGCGUCCUAGCCACCAACGAUAUGAGCGACGCCUGGCGCGUGCUACAUCCUGACGCAGUGGGGCACUAUACGUACUACGGCUGGCGCGGCAAUUGCCGUGCCCGCGGCGCAGGCUGGCGGAUCGAUUCGUUCAUUGUCUCCAACAAGGCACUCCCACGCAUCCGCGCAUGUGAGAUUCGGCAUGCGAUUUACGGCGCAAGUGAUCACUUGCCAGUGAUCGCCGAUAUACAAGGUCCAUGGUAG